AUGAAUUGGGUCAAUCAAUAUGUCAAACCUUAUUUAGAAAUCAUCAUUAUGAUAGCUGUUGGACAUGAUAUUAAUCCUGGAGAUGAACUAGCCAAGCACUUGCUCCCUGCAAUGGAAGCCCCUUACCAAGGAUUGAAAAGAAUUGAUCUUUGGUAUAUCAAUGUGGUAACUCCAUUACAACUAAGUUGGCUGCAAGUAUCUCACCCUCCAUCUGCUGGCCAAUUUGUUGAACAAACUUAUAGCAAUAUAUCUCUGGAUUAUGCUCUGCUCAUCAACUCUUCCAACGUGAUUGUUCAAGAUGGAGAUAUUGGAUAUACAAAUCUGCUUGAUGGGUUGGUAGAUGAUUUUAUUUCAGCCAUUGAGAAAAUUGGUUUAUUCAAUGAUCAGGGUUUGAUUUAUAUUGGUGCAACUGGAUGGCCAAUUACUUCAGGACGAAGAGAUGAUGAUUAA